AUGGUUCGUCGUCAUUCAACAACGAAUAUUUGGCCGCCAUUUAUUGCAUUAGAAUUAUUACCGGAUAAUAAAAAUCGUCGAUUUUCUUCUCCUUCUUCUAUUAAUACCUCACCAGAUAUUUCAAUUAUUAAUUCAAUUUUUAUUACGUCAAUUGGCUCUGACUUUGAAUGCGAAGAGAAAUUAGCAGAACAAAUUUGUAAUGGGCCGUUGAAGCCUGGCUCUGUUUAUCGACUAAAAUUGCGUUUAUUUACUUCACAAAAUCUUUGCUCUGAUUCUCCAUAUACUGACCCAAUACGUUUAGAACUUUCUGCCAGCGAAUCCUUUUUUGGCCAACCAAUAAUAUUUAUUUUAUUAUUAUUUUUAAUAAUCUUUGGCUGUACCGGAUUUGUAUUAUUUUUAUUAGUUACAAAACAAAGAAAUAAUAAACAAAAAACUAAACAACAAAUUAAACAACUACAACGGCCAGAGAGCGACAGCAAUCAAAGUCCACAAAAACGUCAAAAACAUAGCAACAAAAAUAACAAUCAAAAUAAUUUUAAUAAUAGACAAAACGGCACAACAAGAAGUAAUAAAAGUGAAGGACAGUGGCACAUGAUAAUGGCUGAACGUGCGGCUGAUUGUUUAGCAAAAUUAGGCUUAGAACAGCCCCCACCUCCUCCUCCACCUCCAUCAACUAUAGCAACAAACACUCAAUCUUUAUCAUCCCUGGGGAAAGAUGAACAACAACACCACCAACAGCAAGCAAUUUCUGUCAAUUCCCCCUCCUCAAAUUUUGGAAAGCAACUUUCUUCUAAUUUAUCACAUUGUUCCUCCCCAGCUUCUUCCUCUUCUUCUUCCCCUUCUUCCUCAUCUCCUUCACAACAGCAACAUUUAUCAAAUGGAGGUGGUUAUGUGCUUUGUGGGGGAACGGGAAAUCAAGAUCAAUUACUUUUUGGUGCUCCACAUCAUAGAAGAUCAAAAAGUUUGCGUGAACGGACAGGUGUCGAUCAACGUUUGGCACGUUUGCCAAGUGGUCCCCCUCCUGGCCAAAGACAUUCCACACUUUUAUGGACGGUGCUCAAAAAUGGAAAUAUUCCGCUAGAACGUAGUCGUCCUGUGCAAAUUAGUGAUUUUAUUGAACAUGUUCGUUUAAUGUCUGCAGAUUCUGAUUUUCGAUUUUCUGAAGAAUAUGAACAAUUACGAAGUGUUGGUUUAGGUCAGAGUUGUAUUGCUGCAGAUUUAGCUCCGAAUAGACCAAAAAAUCGUUUCACAAAUAUUCUUCCAUAUGAUCAUUCUCGUGUAAAAUUGAAACAAACAGAUGACGAUGAUGGUUCUGAUUAUGUCAAUGCUUCAUAUAUUCCUGGUUUUAAUUCUCGACGUGAAUUUAUUGCUGCACAAGGACCUUUGCCUUCAACUCGUGAUCAUUUUUGGCGAUUAGUUUGGGAGCAACAAGUACCAGCAAUUAUAGCGUUAACAAAAUGUGUGGAAAAAGGACGGGAUAAAUGCCAUCAAUAUUGGCCAGAUAAUCGCCAAAGAAGUGUUCUUUAUGCAGACAUUGAAGUUACAUUAUUAACUGAAUCUAUUGACUAUGAAGAAUUUACAAUUAGAGAAUUACGUUUAACAAACCUUUCAGAACCUGGACAGCAACCCAGAACUGUUUUACAUUUACAUUAUCAAGCGUGGCCUGAUUUUGGAGUACCUGAACACCCAGUCGGAAUUGUUCAUUUUGCACGUUUAUUUCGCAAUAAAUUACCUCCUUCCCCUUCCAAUAAACCAACCAUUGUGCAUUGUUCUGCAGGCGUUGGUCGUUCUGGAACUUUUAUUGCAUUGGAUAGGCUUAUUCAACAUAUUGAAUGUGGUAAACCUAUCGAUGUAUUUGGGGCAGUCUUCGAAAUGAGACUUGAACGUUGUCAUAUGGUGCAAAAUGAACAACAAUAUAUAUUUAUCCAUCAAUGCCUUCAUUAUGUUCUAGAAAAUUUUUAUCCAUUUUUGUCUACCAACAAUUUAAUAACAACAACAAUAAUUCCCCCUACCCCAACAACAACAACCACAAAUUCUUUAUUAUUAAAUUCCCAACAAUUUUCACCUGGAAAACGUUCUUUUCCCCCAACAUUUUCUUCAAAUAAUAACGGACAUUUACCCUUUACUUGUUCAUAUUCUUCACCAAUAACUAGUUCCCCACAAUUAACAACAAAUAAUCGAAAUAAUGAAAAUACUAAUUUUUGGCAAACAACAAAUAAUUUCCAAAAUUUUCACCAACAAAAAUCCCCAAGAAUUGAUUCACAACAACAACAAAAUCGCCAAAAUUUUCACAAUAAUGAAGGAUUUUUUAAAGAUGAGGAUAUCGAUGAGGGGAUAGCUGAAAGUGGAUUAUAA